AUGAAUUCAGCAAAACAACCAGCGAUUAUUUUAUAUAGACAAUUACUUCGUGAAUGUCAUAAAUUUUCACUUUAUAAUUAUCGUGAUUAUUUUCUCCGACGUGUACGUGAAGAAUUUCAUCAAAAUCGUAAUGUAAAAGAUUCGUCAAAGACAGCUGAAUUAUUAAAACGUGGCCAAGAAAAUCUUGAAAUAAUCCGAAGACAGGUUAUCAUUGGAAAUCUUUAUACACCUCACCAACGUUCAAUUUGUGAUAAUCAUGAACAUUCAUUUAUUGCUUCAAGAUAA